CAGAUGAACCAUUGACAUAAUUUUUGUACUGUACCUGUCCCUAUAGGUGUUACUGGUCAUGUCUUUAAUCUCAACUGUGAUUGGUUCAUUUCGUAAGCCUGAAUACCUGCUGAGGUUAUUUCAGACUGCAGAAACAGAAGAAAGUCAUCAAUAUAUCCUAAAAUAUAAUGAGGCGAAAAGGAAUAGAUCAGAAGAGGUAGAAAAGUCUAGUUUAAAGGCAACAGCAGAAAUUCUCAAGCUUCAGGAGGAAAUUGGAAUUGAUGUGAUGACAGAUGGUGAAAUGAAGAGAGAAAAUUAUAUUUAUUAUUUUUGUCGCAAAUUGAAUGGAUUUGACUUUGAUAAACUUACUAAGGUUACCUCGCGUGGUGGGGCCUUUGUAUCAAAACUGCCAACCAUAACUGGUCCGAUUAGUGCAAAAGAAGAAGAGCCAUGGAUUUGGAAAGAGUGGAAAGCAGCUCAAGAAAUGUCAAAACACCCAGUCAAGAUUACCUUGCCUGCCCCUUUGACAAUUGUGAACACAUUUAUGAAUGAAUAUUACAAAGACAAUGAGAGAAAGCUCUGUGAAAUUUUAGUGAAAGAAAUCAAUAAUGAAGUAGUUGCUCUUUCUAAAGCUGGAUGCAAAUAUAUUCAGAUAGAUGAACCAGUAAUGGUUCGUUUUCCUGAAAAAGCACUUUCAUAUGGGAUCGAUGAUCUGGUAAAAUGUUUUAAUGGUGUCUCAGACGACACAAUUAAAGUUAUACAUCUCUGUUGUGGUUACCCUCUUUAUUUGGACCAACAAGAUUACCACAAAGCAGAUCCAUCUGUAUAUUUUCAACUUGCCGAGAAGUUAGACAAUGCUGGAUUUGAUGAAAUAUCAAUAGAAGAUGCCCAUCAACACAAUGAAUUGGAAUUAUUUGAUCUGUUUAAAAAGUCCAAGAUUAUUUUGGGCGUAGUCCAGUCCGCUUGCAGCAGGGUCGAAAGUGUUGAAGAGGCCAGGGUUACGAAAGUAUUGCAACACAUUCCUCGAGAAAGACUCAUUCUUGCUCCAGAUUGCGGUCUGGGUUUUCUUCCUGAAGAGAUCAUGAGGAAAAAGUUGCAAAACAUGGUUCAGGUUUGCCGAAAAAUAUAGUUCGGUUCAGAAUAUAUUGUUUCAGUAUGUACUUUAGAAUAAUAAUAAUCAAUUAUAUAUACGUGGAUACCACGAUGUACUUGGACAGCAAGAUAAUAUGAUAUAAAC